AUGGCUUCAUCGCAGCAGGAUAAAAGUGUCUUGGGGAUGCCGGGAUUCGUCGUCGACUUCCUGAUGGGUGGUGUUUCCGCUGCCGUCUCCAAGACUGCCGCUGCCCCCAUCGAGCGUAUCAAGCUCCUCAUCCAGAACCAGGAUGAGAUGCUUCGCGCUGGUCGUCUCGACCGCAAGUACAACGGUAUCGUUGACUGCUUCCGUCGUACCGCUGCCGCUGAGGGUGUUGUCUCUCUCUGGAGAGGAAACACUGCCAACGUCAUCCGUUACUUCCCUACCCAGGCUCUCAACUUUGCCUUCCGUGACACCUACAAGUCCAUGUUCGCCUACAAGAAGGAGCGUGAUGGCUACGCCAAGUGGAUGAUGGGUAACCUUGCCUCCGGUGGUGCUGCUGGUGCCACUUCCCUCCUCUUCGUCUACUCCCUCGACUACGCCCGUACCCGUCUUGCCAACGACGCCAAGUCCGCCAAGGGUGGUGGUGACCGUCAGUUCAACGGUCUCGUUGAUGUCUACAAGAAGACCCUCGCCUCCGACGGUAUUGCCGGUCUCUACCGUGGUUUCGGUCCCUCCGUUCUUGGUAUUGUUGUCUACCGUGGUCUGUACUUCGGCAUGUACGACUCCAUCAAGCCUGUUCUCCUGGUCGGUCCUCUUGAGGGCUCUUUCCUCGCUUCCUUCCUUCUCGGCUGGACUGUCACCACUGGUGCUGGUAUUGCUUCUUACCCUCUUGACACCGUCCGUCGUCGUAUGAUGAUGACCUCCGGUGAGGCCGUCAAGUACGCCUCCUCGUUCGAUGCUUUCCGCCAGAUUGUCGCCCGUGAGGGUGUCAAGUCCCUCUUCAAGGGUGCUGGUGCUAACAUCCUCCGUGGUGUUGCCGGUGCUGGUGUCCUGUCCAUCUACGACCAGGUCCAGCUCAUCCUCUUCGGCAAGAAGUUCAAGGGUGGUUCCGGCUAA